UUCCGAGCGUGGGUGGGAUGGUAACUUCCCAUCCAACAACUGUAAUAUACUCUUCAAAGAAUGGGUGGGAUGAAUCUCUGCGGCUUCUCUCGUUGCAUGAUAACAAAUAUUUGCGGUAUUUCAAGGGUCAUCAUUACAGGGUUGCCUCACUUAGUAUGUGCUCCAAAAAGGAGUGCUUUAUUUCUGGCUCACUUGAUCGAACUGUUAUGCUCUGGGACCAAAGAGCUGAAAAAUGCCAGGGCUUUCUACGUAUACAAGGAAGACCAACUAUUGCUUAUGAUGAGCAAGGGUUUGUUUUUGCAAUUGCUUUUGGUGGAUACAUAAGAAUGUUUGAUGCAUGCAAGUAUGAAAAGGUUAGCAACUAA